AUGCUGUGCUCUGCUGUCAUACAAGCCAGACUGAAUACAAAUGUCAGCCUUCCUUGCAACGUGACACUGAAAUUGGACGAAGUGGAUGAGAAUCUGGUUGAAGUCGACUGGGUGAGCAACAACGGCACAAGCGUCGCCUCGUUCAAGAAUGCGACUGAGCAGAUAAAAGAUGGCUUCUUUUGGACCACCGAUCAUUUCCUCAUUGGAGAUUUUUCAGUGAACAUCCUCAGUGUCGGACUGAGUAUGCAAGGGGUGUAUGAAUGCACAGUAUACUACGACUCCAGAAAGCUGCACGCAGGCAAUGUUACACUCAGUGUUAUCGCCUCCCCAUUUGUGUCAGUACCGCAACAAUGGAUUGUUUUGGGGGCCGAGAGCCAGCUUGAAUGCCAUGCAGAUGGCUUCUACCCUCCACCUGUCUCGUUCACCUGGACUAGAGACGGCCAAGUCAUUCAUUCCACCAACUCGCUCGAUGGGGAGAAGACCCCCGAUGGUCUCUACAGAGCUGCUGUCAAUCUCACCUACUACCCAAGUAAAGAGGACCAGAACGUGACCUUUGGCUGCAAAGUGAACCACAAUGGAAAAAAUCAAGAGCUCAAUUUUCUACUCAACAUUACAUACACCCCAACCGUCAGGCUCUCAGCCAUCCGCUCGCCUUCAUCCAACAGUCCUCUCACCCUCUCCUGCCAUGUGGAAAGCUUCUACCCGGAGGAGUUGACCAUAUCCUGGCUGCAAAACGGAACUUUUCUCCCUGAUCCGCCCAUCAGUGAGCAGAAUCCGGACGGGACCUUCGGAACCACACGCUACUUUACUUUGAACCAUGAGCAGAGGAAGAAGGGCGGGGAGGUGGAGUGUGCAGUCAGCCAGCCUGGAGUUGUACAGUCGGCCCGGGUUUCAGCAUACGUGGAAGAACUGGAUCCUCAAGAUGUGGCACCGGUGCUCACUAAAUCUGCUAAAGCAUCCGUGGCACUGAUGUGUAUCUCCCUGGUGCUUGUUUUCCUCUUGUGCUUUGGCUUUUCUUGGAGACGACGUGAUGAGAAGCAGAAAUCACUAGCAGUGUCCGGAAUCAUCCUCCCUCCACGCAUCGUUGUGGGUCAAAAGGGCAGAGUGAGCGUGUGCAUCGAAGGCAGGAGGGUGGACCGAGUCCAGACUGCAUGGUUCCUCAACGACACUCCAAUCUCCGACACCUCCCUCACAGCGCCGGAAAAAGGUCCUCUGCUUCCUUCCAGAGGAGAGAUGGGUUACUACAAACUGCACUCCCAGGGACCUCUACACUCAACAGGAAGUGGAGUCCAGCAGCUCAUCGCCUCGCUGACGUUCAUCCCGCAGAUUUCCAUCCAUAAGGGAGCUGUAUUUAAAUGUCAGGUGUCCUAUGCUGGCAAAGACAAGAUUGUAAUGGAGAGAUCAUCAGAGAGGUUUACAGUUCUAUCUGCACCGGAGGUAUCCGAAAUUCAGUUGGCAGAGACCCCAAAUGACCCAGAGGUCAUCAGCAUGACUGUGCGGGCAUCCCAUUUCCACCCGGAUGUCAUCACCUUCCGCUGGUUCUGCCAGGGUGGAGAGCUGAGCCCUGUGGCAUCCCAAGCUUCAACUUCCCCUCGACCUAAUUCCGAGGGCUUCUUCACAGCCUCCAGUCAGUGCAAACUGCCCCGAACUGAACUGGAGCAGGGAGGUACCAAAGUGUGGGUCAGCGUCCAUCACAUUGCCCUUAAGCAGCCUGUUACCCGCGAGACAAGAGGCUUUAUUAAGCAACCACGCGUGUCCGACAUCUCGUCCACCACCUCCACAUCGGACCAAAUGCUGACCCUAGGGUGCGAGGUUACCGAUUUUUACCCACCCGAUAUUACAGUCACCUGGCUGAAAGUGAGAGGGGGCGAGCGAGACGACAGCGAAGACGAAGUGAUGGAUGGAGGAGAGCUGUGGGGCCCCAUGGAGAUUCACCCUAGACUCUACAGGAUCACGGCCACUUUGAAGACGGCACACAACCGGGAGAAAAGACAGAGAGGGGGCGGGAUUAAAUGCAGGGUUGAGCACCUUUCCCUGCAAGAACCUAUUGAGAGACUUUGGAGAAAUGUUGACAUUGAGACCAAAGCUGCUGUCACGGAUCCGGACACCGAAGGUAUAGCGUACAUCGACGAGAAAGUGGAAGUUGAGAACAACAACAAUGAGAAAUAUGAGGAGACAAAGUUAUCCGAUGUGGAGGAGGGUAGUGAUGAGGAUGACGAUGAUGAUUACGAUGAACGAGGGGUAGACUCUGGAGCAUUGUAUAUCAACAGAGUUAAUUUGACAAAGGGCAGUAGGGAGAGCGAGAGAGCUCGCCUGCGAGUUCUUGUGGAACUAACGCACCCAGCACUCAAAAUUCCUGUUUACAGAAGUUGGACAGAGCCCAAUGAGGAAAAUUCUUCCAUGUGA